AGGAAGCGAGUGGCUUUUAUUAGUACCUUUCUACUUUACACUCAUCAUACCGACACUAAUUGCCUCUUCCUCUCGAAUAUCCUUCCCUAGAUUACAUUUUCAUUCACUAAUAUUGCUCUCUUUCUCUCUCUCUCUCUCUCUCUCUCUCUCUCAGCUAUAUUACAAUUUACAACGUUUUGAUUGGUUUGGGGCAGUCAAUACUGUUGAGUUUGUUUGGUUUUUAGUGUUUUGGAUAUCGAUAUAUAUAUGGUCCCUUUAGAAAUGGACAAGUCACAAGUUACAUAAAUUCUUACAUUUGGUGGGCUGCGUGUGUGAAAGUGUGAACCCGUUUUUGCUUCACAAGACUUUGAACUUUGUAAAAUAUAUAGGAGUUGUUGUGGACGGUUUUCUGUCUUUGGGGAUCUGGGUUUGAGUUGUUUAACGAUGGGAAGCUCAGAGGAGAGAGUUGUUGCUGUGAUCAUGGUUGGUGGACCCACCAAAGGUACUAGAUUCCGACCACUUUCACUGAAUAUUCCAAAGCCCCUUUUUCCUUUAGCUGGACAGCCAAUGGUUCAUCAUCCAAUUUCUGCUUGUAAAAGGAUUCCCAACUUAGCUCAGAUCUAUCUCGUUGGUUUUUAUGAGGAACGUGAAUUUGCAUUAUACGUAUCCUCCAUCUCUAAUGAGCUAAAAGUCCCUGUUAGAUACUUGAAGGAAGACAAGCCACAUGGUUCAGCUGGUGGGCUUUAUAACUUCAGAGAUCUGAUCAUGGAAGAUAGCCCGUCACAUAUUUUCUUGCUCAAUUGCGAUGUUUGCUGUAGUUUUCCACUGCCAGAAAUGCUUGAGGCUCACAGAAGAUAUGGUGGGAUGGGAACAAUCUUAGUGAUCAAAGUUUCUGCUGAGACAGCAAAUGAGUUUGGAGAAUUGGUAGCUGAUCCAGUCACCAAUGAACUGUUGCAUUACACAGAAAAACCUGAAACUUUUGUAAGUGACCGAAUAAAUUGUGGGGUUUACAUAUUUACCCCAGAUAUUUUUACCGCCAUCCAGGAGGUUUCCACUCAGAGGAAAGACAGAGCUAAUCUGAGACGUGUAUCCAGCUUUGAAGCCCUCCAGUCAGCAACAAGGAGCCUUUCCACAGAUUUUGUAAGAUUGGAUCAAGAUAUUCUGUCACCCCUUGCAGGGAAGAAGCAGCUAUAUACAUAUGAGACUUUGGACUUUUGGGAACAGAUCAAAACUCCUGGGAUGUCCUUGAAAUGUUCUGGUUUAUAUCUUGCACAAUUCCGGUUCACCUCCCCCCAUCUUUUGGCACAUGGGGAUGGUACAAAGAGUGCUUCCAUUACUGGUGAUGUUUAUGUUCAUCCAUCAGCAAAAGUACAUCCGAGUGCUAAGAUCGGUCCCAAUGUCUCGAUAUCUGCAAAUGCUCGUAUAGGAGCUGGCGUAAGGCUCAUCAGUUGUAUCAUCCUUGAUGAUGUUGAAAUUAAGGAAAAUGCCGUCGUUAUUCAUGCAAUUGUUGGGUGGAAGUCUUCUGUUGGGAGAUGGUCCAGGGUCCAGGCUAGUGGAGAUUAUAAUGCAAAACUUGGGGUUACAAUACUCGGUGAAGCUGUAACUGUUGAAGAUGAAGUAGUGGUGACUAGCAGCAUUGUCCUACCAAACAAGACUCUCAAUGUCAGUGUUCAAGACGAGAUAAUUCUGUGAUAAAACAAGACCAGUUUCAUACCUAUCACCAGACUCAUUCUGUCACAAAUUGGUCUUAUUCUUUACUCAUUAAUGAUAUAAGUCAAAUACAUUAAGUUGCUUUUUGCCCUUAUGUAUAUUGACAUUGCUUCAAUAAGAAUAAGAAUUUUAGAUUGGCUGCUUUUUUA